GUUAUAUAAAUAAAUCCCACCGAUGCUCGCGCUCCAACCACAGCCAGAGGUGCGACCGCGCGCGCGCUAAAUUGCGAAACACUCGCAAAAACAAAUCUGACACCCGCACUGAGAUUCCCGUGAAUUUCACUCAAUGAAGCUGCACGUGCUGCUUGUGGUAUCUGUGGGUGUGAUCGUCUCGCGCUCUGUGUCCGCUCGCAUACCUACAGUCACGCAGAUGCCGCUAUUGAUGCGCUUAGGAGAGGAAUAUUUCAUCAGGUUGGACAACGCGCCAGACCGGAGACCACCGCCGCGCACCGAGGCUCUUCAGCUGCAGCUUACGCAGAGGCUGUUAGGAAGUAAAGUCGGGAGUGUCGGUAACAGAAUCACGGACAGCCAGGAAGAGCGUGACCGCCGUUCCGAGGAUCCGGCCAUCUCUCUGGAUCUGACGUUCCACCUGUUGCGCGAGGUGCUACAGAUGGCACGAGCCGAGCAACUUGCGCAGCGCGCAAUCAGCAAUCGCAAGAUGAUGGACUUUUUCGGGAAAUAACAUUUAUGAGUGUUGUAAUUCAUUUUGUGCGUGCGAAAUCUUUUAGAUAAGUGACUUUCUUUUCUCCUUUGAUUUCAAGAAAAAUGUAAAGUUUUAUACAUUCAUUCAUAAAUCAUCUUUUAUUAAUGUUUUUCAA